GAUAGAGCAGGCGUUCGGUUGAGGGCUCUGGGGUCUCUUUUCCCCCGCUGCCGCCUAGAGCAGGGGUGGAGUCGAUAUCUCGGACGGGGGGAGACUGCGGUGCCCCGAGGGGCUGCUUCUCAAGAGGGCUGUCAUUUCCGCAGGCCGGAAAGGGGAGCUCGGGUACCUUCCAGAGUGUGCAACCCAGCGCCCCUCUCCCUCUUCCCGCGGAGUUUCGUCCUCGCCAUGGCUGAGCUGAUCCAGAAGAAGCUACAGGGAGAAGUGGAGAAAUAUCAACAGCUACAGAAGGACUUGAGUAAGUCCAUGUCAGGGAGGCAGAAACUAGAAGCACAACUAACAGAAAAUAAUAUCGUGAAGGAGGAACUGGCCCUGCUGGAUGGAUCCAACGUGGUCUUUAAACUUCUGGGUCCCGUGCUGGUCAAACAGGAGCUGGGAGAGGCUCGAGCCACAGUGGGGAAAAGGCUGGACUACAUCACAGCUGAAAUUAAGCGAUACGAAUCCCAACUCCGGGAACUGGAGCGCCAGUCAGAGCAACAGAGGGAGACCCUGGCUCAGCUGCAGCAGGAGUUCCAGCGGGCCCAGGCAGCCAAGGCAGGGGCUCCUGGGAAGGCCUGACCCUGUGGAGGGGGGAGGGAGGGGGUGGGAAUGAGGCAGCUCAAGGGUCUCUACUGUAGUGAAUAAAAUGUGAAAACACCUGGCUGUUUUCUCACCAGCCA